AAGAUAAGCUACAUAUUAUGUUUUUUGAAGCCACAGAGCAUAAAAUUAUUGAAUGAACACACAAAAACAACAAUGAUUUAUAAUAAAUUAGAAUGUAUUUUACAGGAGACUGUUAUAAGGAUAGAGAAACUGCAUGUGCAGUACGAAGAUGAAUAUCUGAUUCAAAUACAACAUCUUAGUCCGAAGGAAAAAGAUGUCCUCAAACAAUUUUAUAAGCAACAUACAUGGGGUUUAGGAAGUGCAAAAAUACUAGCAUUGUACAAAAAUGCAGGAAUAAUUACAGCCACGGAAUACGUAUUAAGUUUGAGUUCCAGAGAAACAGUACAGCAAGUUAUGAACGACUUACUGGAGACUGAACAUAUAUUAUUGGCUGAAUUGACAAUAAUUUCUUCUUUAGAUUUUGGUUGCUCGGCAGCAACGCGAGAAAUUCUCAAGGACUGUUUCCACUUCGCUUUAGACGACUUACUUGAAAAUAUCAACGUUAUUCCUUGCAAUUAUUUGCAUCGUCUGCGAAACUAUCUUCCGGAUAUAGAACUUAAUGCGUUAAGGAUCCAACAUAUACAGUUACUACUAGGCAGAGAAUCAUUUGUUUCAGCAGAACAAGCUAUUGGUAUGCAGCAAGACUGGCUGACUGAAAUUAAUGCGUGCUCCAAAAGCGUUCUAUACGAAUUGAUGUUAGAGAUGGUUCAAGAUACAACAUGUGCCAUUGGAAAACUUUUCGAUAAUAUCAAAACUUUGGACAAUAUCUCAUGGAAAUAUUUUUUGCAUCUACUACGUUUGACGUCAAUAACGGUUAAAAACGAUAAAGUGCAGAUACUACGUCUGCGAACAAUCAUUCGAGAAGUAUUUGAUCAAGUUGUAAAUGAGAGACUGUUCGAAAAGUUUGUGCAUUUGAUACUAAUUGCAAGAGAAAUAACCGCAGCUAAUGAACAUGUGACUGGAGAAUAUAGCAGUUGGUAUAAAUCUACCUUGGGGGAAAUGAGCUACCGUCUGAGUAAAGAAAACUUCAUUCUUGUUAUGGAAAUGAUGACAAAACUAAUAACUUUGGAAACGAGUGUAGAAUAUCUAAAAAUUCACAUAAAAAUUUCCAUUUCUUCCCCACCAAAAUGUAUGGAAAUGGUGGUAACUUACAAGCAACUGUGCCGAGCGCAACUGAUGAAGCUAAAAAACGAAGCUAGAAAUCCGACGGCUAAUCAGGAAUUCAUUGUCAUCGUAGAUAACGAAUAACGAUUAGAGUAAGAAAAAAAUGUUAGCAAUUCACCAAUAAAACAUAAGAUCGUUGUUUAA